AUGAACUAUGAUCCUGCUAUCAGCGUGCCAACACUGGUCGGUAGUCUGCUUUCUUGCCUUGCCUCAGCCUGUGUCCUUCUGUCCUAUGUAUUAUUAGCCCCCCAGCAGCCCUCCUUCCGCCAUGCUCUUGUCUUCAAUCUUGCACUGACCGAGUUCAUUAACUCGCUCAACAACUCCGUAUCCGGGGUUUACGUUGUUGAGCGUCGAAAUGGGCUCAUUCGCGGUACGGCGUGUCAGCUCAACGGCUUUGUCAACCAGCUAUCCGUACAGGCUGCAGACUUUGCCAUCCUCGCCAUAACCCUCCUUACAUUCCUUACCGUCAUUAAAAAGACUUAUAUCCCAUCGGAGUCUUGGUCAAGAACGUUGGCCAUUUGCGCGUCGGUAUGGUGUGUCCCCAUGACCACAAGCAGCAUAGCGGCAGGUCUCAGCGCACUACAACCCUUUGGUGGCAACUGGUGCUGGAUCUCAGUGCAUCGCACAGACCUACGCUAUGCUUUGGGCCAUGGUUGGCGGUUCUGCAUCAUCGUCGCAACAAUAUGCAUGUACAUUUACAUGUAUACCUACAUACAGCGCCACUUCUCCAGCAGCAAGGCCGCCUUCGGUGCUCACACCCCCACACUUCCAGCUGGUCGUGGUCCAGCAAAAAUGUCUAUCGACUUAUUGAAGCCACGGUCUGCUGUUAGUCAGGUGGCUACAGACACUAAACUACCCCAAGUCACUGUUGCACUUGAUCGAGGAGUGAGCAGACGGCCGUCUGAGCGUGUUGAAACAGCCCGGCAGAGCUUCAUUUCAACCACAACCAACCAACAACCGGAAUCACUCAGAGCCAUGCUCCCCGAGUCCAUCGCUACCACGCCCACUUCAACCACGACAAAUGUCAAGGUUGACGCCGAGGCAUCAGUCUGCCGCAAUUCCGAGUUCACCCUCAACAUUCCUAGCCAAGGCCUCGAAAUGUACCUCCCCGACUAUUCACGCCCGCCAUCGUACACAAUAAUGUCGCGUAGGCUUCGUGAGAAGCCAUCACAAACAUUGACCAUCGACACGACCAUUGCACCGGCAAGCCCACCACCACGUGAGCUUUUUGAUUCGCCCACAUCGAUACGCACGCACUUGCAACAACAAGCUUUCCAUCGCCACGCACAGGUGGAGCGGGAAGUGCGACGCACGCUUCUGCUAAAUGCCUACCCGAUUGCGUACGUUAUACUAUGGCUGCCCGGGAUUGCAAACAGGCUCGUCGAGGCGGUCAGUGGCACUUCGCCGCGCUGGCUGCUCAUCCUGCAGAGCACGACGCAAUAUGUGGGUUUGGCAAAUGCUCUGACAUAUGGCUUCAAUGAGCACAUGCGGAGCAUGCUCGGGAGAGAUGGAAAUGAGGGGUACGGCUGGUCGUGGAGAAGAGGGUUGGUGUGA